CGUUAGUUCAUUUAUAGUGCCUAAGUGCACCUACUGUUUUCCCGACUGCUUAAUAUCUACUAUUGCUUAUCUAUUUAAUCGUCCGUGGCGUCUGUAGACGUCUUGGAUGCGAUACGCGCGGUUUAAUUGAUUUCAGAUGAUUUUAUUCGCAUAUGUCAGUAGGACAGUCUCAUUCACUCUCAUUAGUGUACACUAGUGGUGACGUCUAUUGGCGAACGGCUUCGCAUCGGAGCACAGUGCCCUACAUGGAGACGAGCUGAAAUACUCGGGAUCGGGGCAAAAUGAGACAGCAUGUGCACCUUUAUGUGUUUCUGAGAGUCACUUCAGUGAUUUGAUUAUCACUGAUUCACCACCUCUCUGGUCGUCGUUGUGAGCAUCCCUCAUCCAGAGAGGGCUUCUGGGUACUUCCAUGGCUGGGGAGAAGAGUCGUCGCAGCGCCAUGGAUAUCAAGCGCCUUGCGGGCCUGCUUCAGCGCGGGGCCGGACGCUUGCUGGUCAUCGACAGUCGGACGUUCUCGGAGUACAACGCCUCUCACGUGCACGGUGCCGUCAACGUCUGCUGUUCCAAACUGGUCAAGAGGAGACUUCAGCAAGACAAGGUGUCGGUUACCGAGCUCCUGCAACCCAACGGAAAGGUCAAGGUGGACCUGGGUCGCAGACAGGAGGUGGUGGUGUACGACCAGAGCACGAAGGACGCCGGUCAGCUUUCCAAAGACAGCUUCAUCCAUAUUCUCCUGAGCAAGCUGGACUGCACCUUUCACAGGGUGUCUCUUCUUACAGGUGGUUUUGCAGCAUUCUCAUCUUGUUUCCCAGGCUUGUGUGAAGGAAAGCCGGUGGCCACUCUGCCCAUGAGCUUGUCUCAACCGUGCCUACCUGUGGCAAAUGUGGGUCCCACACGAAUUUUGCCCCAUCUCUAUUUGGGAUCACAAAAAGAUGUACUCAACAAGGAUCUAAUGGCUCAGAACGGCAUCACUUAUGUGUUAAAUGCAAGUAACACCUGCCCGAAGCCUGAGUUCAUCUCUGAGAGCCAUUUCAUGCGCAUUCCCGUCAAUGACAACUACUGUGAAAAACUCCUGCCGUGGUUAGACAAAACCAACGAGUUUAUUGACAAAGCCAAGGUGUCCAACUGCAGAGUCAUUGUCCAUUGUUUGGCUGGCAUCUCCAGGUCCGCCACCAUCGCCAUUGCUUAUAUCAUGAAGACAAUGGGCUUGUCAUCAGAUGACGCGUACAGGUUUGUGAAGGACCGCCGACCUUCAAUAUCACCCAACUUCAACUUCCUAGGACAGCUUCUGGAGUUCGAGAAAGGUCUGAGGUUGCUCAAGGCCCUCUCCUCAGGUCAGGAGAAGUCGGAGCAGAAUGAAUCGUCGGACACUAGAGGAGAACCUUCAGGCGAUCCCGAGAAUGGUGAGAAGGACGGCACGGAUGCCAAGAUUCCCUCUCCGACCUCUCUCCAGCAGGGUUUCAAUGGCUUGAAUCUGUCUGCCGAACGUAUCCUCGAUACAAACCGUCUAAAACGCUCUUUCUCACUCGACAUCAAAUCCGUCUACGAGCCCAACCACUGUCCUCGCCUCGCACCCGCUCAUACGGAAGACGUUCCCAAACUUUGCAAGCUGGAUAGCCCGGAGGCCGGAGAAGCCAACGGUGUCUACCAAUACUCGCCUGAAUCCCCAAGCCCCUUUUCCGAGAGCAGCUCCCGACCUCGUUCGCGGAGAAAAAGCAAGCACAACGGUGGAAACGGUAGCGCCGGAAGUUCUCCCGUGCACCUGCACGCCCCGACUUUCGCACGCUCGCUCCCUGCACAUAAGAGUCCUAGUCUUGAUGACAAUCUGAAGCCCUCCCUGCUCCUCAGCCUUCCCACCGUGGGCACCGGACCCAUGUGGACCAAGCAUAGAGACACCGUACAGGCCACCACACCCGUCACGCCAACAGGAGAAGCCCCUUGGUUUUACAGCUCAGAGGCCGGGGCGGUGCACUUUCCGGCGCUAGGGUGCAGCGGUCUCCCAGGUCCGUGCGAGGCGGUGCGCCUGCGCGAGAAGUCGGGGGAGCCGCGGGACUCGAGGGGCAGCUGGCACGAGGAUGCGCCCACUUCCGACAAACAGUUCAAGCGUCGCAGCUGUCAGAUGGAGUUUGAAGAGGGCAUAUCCGAGACGCGUUCGAGGGAAGAGCUGGGAAAGAUAAGCAAACAGUCCAGCUUUUCGGGAAGCAUGGAAAUCAUUGAAGUAUCCUGACAUCGCCUGCACAGCCCAUUGAGACUUUUGGCAUAUUAGGUAUAAAACGUUUUUGAGCCGGUGGAACCGGAUGACUUUGCUUUUUUUGUCUUUCUACUGUACUGUUUUUAAGCCAUAGCCAGAUGACAAAGAGACGAUGCCCCCCUCAUUCCUCGCUGUUAAAAAGCUUUACCAGCCCCUUGGUGUAUUAAGAAUCGAGCAUGGCCGAUACGCUCACGCUUGUUUCUUUUUUAUUAUGCCGCCCCGGACUGCCAAGUUACACCAACAAGGAGUCAGCACAAACAUGGUACACGCUUUAACCGGCUGAAUGAAGGCCUCUUUGUGCGGUGCUUUUGUCCACCCUGCUCCUGCAUCCCGGCAUUCGUGGAAUUCUGUAGGAGGAACAGGCAUGUCACGAAGGAAAGGCAUUGUGGGUGUUUUCACAUAAUGCUCUCUGUCACUCUCAGCCAGAUUUCAGGAUUUGUCGUUCCCCUCCUGUGGUGGUGGUGGUGAUGCUCGAACUGUCGCGCAGCCCACGUUCCUCUCACCGAGCAUGCUUCAAGGCUGCUGUUUUCCUUACGAAUAGUAUAUAUGAACUAUAUACAGUGAUUUUCAUUGGACCUGUAAAGUUUUUUUGUCAUUUUCUUAGUUUUAAUUUAUUCUACUGGUUCAUUCUGGUAAUGAGAAAUAAUAUAAAGAAGAUUGUGGAGUUUUUAUUUUUUUCUUCUUCUUCUUCUCUUUUUUCAGUGUUGAUCUCUUAUUUACACUCGCCAGACCGAUGCGCAAUUACAAGCAAUAUGUGUUUUGUUUUCGUUCCUAAAGGAGGGGGUGUGGUUAUUACCGGAAAUGAUCUUGUUUAAAUGCACUUUUUGUUGCUUUAAAAUGGAAGUUUUCGGACGUUUGGUCCUUCGUUUAAAGGGUACCACAAUGCUUUACAAAAAAACGUGCGUAACCGUUGAUGUCAUGCGGUGUGUGUGUGUGUGUGUCACAAACUAAAGCGUUUGGUAUGGCUUUGUUUGUCUGCUGGUAUGAAUUAUUAAGAAGAAGAAGACUUUAAUAAUCCAGCAUGAAUAAUCUAAAAAAUAUAUAUAUGUAUGAUACCCCGGCAUUGUAAAAUGAGUGGCCACUUAUUUUAAGAUUUUUGUAUUAACAAGCACACGAGACAAAAUGAAGGGAACGUGAGGGGUUUGUCUAUGUCCCCCUGCAUAUUUAUGAAUUUAUUUAUUGUUUGUUUGAUUGGGUCUGAUGUGUGGAUCGAUGAUGUGAAUGACUGACAGAUGGACCCUUGGAGAGCAAAGCCCUUAAACUUUUCCUACGAAACCUGGUUGAUGAAGAUAAACUUUAUCUGCGCUAAGGUGACAAUAGGUUCGGUUGCUUUCAUCACACAGGAAUCUUUCCUUUCUGUUAUUCCCUUAAUCCGAACGCUCCAAAGUGUAAAUGCAAGACAGAAUGGGUAUGCGUGUGUGUAAAUGUGAAUGGGAUUACCCUCUUGCUGGGAAAAAGUUCAGCAAUUUAUUUAUGUCUAUGUUUCAGCUUUUUCCAUACGGCUAAAACUUUUGAUCUUGUAUCUGUGCUGCUGUAUUUCCUUUAUUUCCUUGUGCGAGACAUUGUCUUUCUUUUAUCUUUCCUGUAUUAUAUUUUUAUUGUUAUCAUUAUUUAAAACAUGUAAUAAAAUGAUGCAGGUUGUCCUUUUUUGCUGAAAUUGUUAAAUAGUUGGCAACUUAUUAUUAUUGUUAUUAUUAUUAUGUUGUGUGAAUAGCAUCCUAUCAACAACACUAACUGAUAUAGGGAUUUUUU